GUCAGUGAGUGACGUGUAAAUGGCAUUCGUUAACUGCGUUGAGGUGUCAAAGUAGCCCGACGAGGACUAUAAAGUAUUCGUUUGUACGUACAUUCCAGCAGGGAUGUAGUUUUCGAUUGCAUUUGCGAAUCCGAGUUAAUAUGCUCCAGUCGUCAGUCUGUACGGCAUGUGACAGGCCCUAUCACCAUGGUGCCCGGGUCCGUCAUUCUGACUCCAUACAGGAUGUGUUUCCGGGUGAGGAGCUGGUGUUAUUGAUCUCUCAACAUUAAAGUCAGCUGCAGUAUGGCGGGACGUGGAGGGCAAAACAGUGAUGAUGAUUCCUAUGAACUUGUAGAUCUGUUGGAGUAUUCAGGACGACAGGAGUGGUGGGGCCGUAUUUUCGGACAGAGUUCAGGACCAGUUGCAGAGAAAUAUUCAGUAGCUACUCAGUUAAUGAUGGGUGGUGUAACAGGCUGGUGUGCAGGUUUUGUGUUCAAGAAGAUUGGCAAGCUGGCUGCUACAGCUAUUGGUGGUGGGUUCCUUUUGAUGCAGUGGGUAAUAGUGGUGACCUUGAGCUGCUCACUCCUGUUGAAGGUGGAUACACAAAGAGGUCAGCUAGAAGAUUGUUUUACCCACCAUAACCAUUCAAGCCUGCAUUUCCCAGAGGUUGCAAAUCACAGCGGCUAUAUUAAAGUGGAUUGGAAAAGAGUUGAAAAAGAUGUGAAUAAAGCAAAACGACAAUUGAGAAAGAAAGCAAAUAAAGCUGCUCCUGAAAUCAACACCUUUAUUGAAGAGUCAGCUGAAUUUGUAAAGAAGAAUAUCGUGCUUGCCAGUGGCUUUGUUGGAGGCUUUUUAUUGGGACUGGCUUCUUAAAAAUUCCUGACAAUGUACUAACACAAUGUCCACCAUGAAGACAAAGCUGCAGUUUGGUCCUGAAAUCCAAAGCAGUGAAUGCAACUAGAACGUCAGUAUCAACAGCCCACUAAGAGUCACAUCAAAGUGUUCAAGGCCAUGUUUAAAUAUUAAAAAAGGACACAAACGAACAAUUAUCUAUCAUGUACUGAUUCAUUGAAUCGAUUUAUAUUCUAACUUAUACUGUCAAGAAAGGCUAAUUUUCAGUUUUACAGUUUUGUAUAGUUACUCCUGCUAUAUUCAUACUUAAGCUGAACAUCUCUUAACUGUAGAGCAAGAUAAGUAAAUGCUGUAUUUUCUGUUGUACAGAAUUAUUAAACAUUCUAAUGUACAAAGAGAUUAGUAUUGUUUAGCUACAUUUGGGACCGAAGCCCGAUUGUUUACAUUUGGGCAAUUCAUUUAGUUGAUUGAAUAUUAAUUAAAGACUAUGAAAUAUGAAGCAAAGAACAUUGAUCUUAAAUUAGAGGUAUAAUUUUGGUAAUUUAUUUACACUUGUUUCCUUUCUACUCAUUAGCUAUAAAUGCCUUGGGAGGCCAACUUGAGAAAAUCAUUCAGUAAAGUAUAAUUCUAGCUGAGUCCUGUUUCUAAUCAGCAAUUUCAUUAAUAAUUGGCAUAUUACAAACUGGUUACAACUUUCCAGUUAUAUAAUUUUGGAUAAAAGCAAAAUAUUGCAGAUGCUGAAAAUCUAAAAUAAAAACAGAAAAUGCUACACAUAUUGAGCUAGGCAGUAUCUGUGGAGACUUGAUUAAUGACAAUGACUUGAUUAAACCUUGUAAUGGUUGUUGUAACAACCUAGCAUUCUUUUGUUCAAUGUGAUAUGGGCACCACUGGCUAGGCUAGCAUUUAUUGCCUCGAGGGAGUUAGAAGUCACGUGUGCGCCAGACUUCAUAAGGAUAGCAAAUUUCCAUCAUGAAUGUCACAAGCUAAUCAGAUGCAUUUUUACAACGACGAAUAGUGGUUGCAUGGUCACCACUACAUUAGAUUCCAGGUUUUUUAAAAGUGAAUUUAAAUCACACCACCAGCCAGGGUGGGAUUCAGAUCCAUGUUCCCAGAACAUUAGACUGGAAUUCUCACCACUAGUCCAGUCACAUUACCACCAUGCCACCAGCUUCCUCAACUUUUAAAUCUAAAUUGCUUCAACAUGAUCAAUUUCUGGUCAUAUACCAGAAAGUGAUCCAACAAAAGCUGUCAGAUUCCUGUCAAAACUCCACAAGUUUACUAAUAUUUUUUAGAGAAAAAAGAAAACAACUUGCAUUUAACUAGGGCAUUUCAGAAGCUCAAGAAGUUUCAAAUCAUUUCACAUAGAGUCAUUGAGCUAUACAGCAUUGAAACAGACACUUCAGUCCAACAUGUCUAUGCUGACCAGAUAUCCUAAAUUACUCUAGUCCCAUUUGCUACAUAUCUCUCUAAACCCUUCCUAUUCAUAUACCCAUCCAGAUGCCUUUUAAAUGUUGUAAUCAGACCAGUCGCCAUCACUUCCUCUGGCAGCUCAUUCCAUACACGCAACACCCUCUGAUCCAGUAAGAUCAUUUAAAAUUUUAUUCACUGCAAUGCACAAAGUGUUGAUAAAAGAAUAAAGAUAGUGAAAAAAAAUCAGUGAGGAUUCUAACAAUAUGUAUCUUAGAUGUCAGUGGAAAUGUUCAAUGAUGAUUGCACUGAACACUACAACUCAAUUCAGAUGAUCAAGUAGCCCAUGUCUAGAUACUGCACUAUAGACAAAAUUUAAGCCUUGGGAAAUGAUAAGCAAUGUUCAUGCCUCUCAAGUGCCAGGCAAUGACAAGGUAAAUGUAGCCAUGAGUUCCCCAAUAAAUCCUCGUUGUUCCCAUUGACCGUAAAUAUGGUGGAUACAAAAACAGGCUGGGAAUUCUAUGGAAAAUAUUCACUUUGUUAUUCCCCAAAAUGUGCCUACUAUUUAUAUGGCACAAGUCAGGAGUGUGAUACAGCACUUAGAAUUUUUCUGAAUGACUGCUGUUUCAACAACAUCCAGAAUAAAGCAGUAGAUGUGAUUGACCUUAUCCAAAAUUUGAUAAGGUGUAUAAUAAGAUUUAGGAAUUUGGAUCUUAAUGUAGAGGUAAAAUAGAUGUGUGGUUUCAGUUCUGUGAAGGUGUUUUUUUUCUAAAGAGGUCAAAAAGUCUUGGAAAAGUAAAUGAAAGACUUCAUUUCCAGUCCAGGAGAUCAGCUUCAUCCUAGCAGAAGGGAUUUACUAUGUAAGGACCCCAAAAAUGACAGUUUGUGUUGAAGUUUUCAAACUACCAGAACUAAAUAGAGGUUUAGUUUGUCAGAACUUUAGAUAUUUUUAAGGCAGAGGUUGAUGGGUUCUUGAUUACCACAGAUUAAAUAUUAUCAGGAGUAUGCAGGAAUAUAGACAAAGUUAAAAUCAGAUUCAUCAUCUUAUGAAAUGGCAGAACAGACUAAAAGGGUCAAGUGAUCUACUCGUGUUCCUUGUUUGUAUGACUGUAUAUAACUGGAACAAAGUCUCUCAGCCACUAAGAUUGGAACGUAAGUAUGAAGUUAAAGCAUUGAAAUAGGAAUGACACUUAUCUGGUACUGAGUAAUGGAAAUUACUGGGAAAAGUUUGAAACUCUGUUUUGCUGUUUAUAUUACAAUCUUUCUAAAUUGACAUACAUGGUUUGAUUUGUUUUUCUU